UUUCCAAGUCGACGGAAUCAAAGCAGCAGCAACACAGACGGGGGAUUGGAGUUCAGUCUGCGCGAGCGCUGCAUAACGGCUGCUUCAUCGAGACAAUCCUCGUCAACCGGCUUUAAAACAUCCUUCAGAAACCGACACCAUGGGCGUGGAAGGUUGCACGAAAUGCAUCAAAUACUUGCUCUUCUUCUUCAAUUUCAUCUUCUGGCUGGCUGGUUGUGUAAUCUUGGGGGUUUCACUCUGGCUUCGUCAUGACAAUAAAACAAGCAGUCUUCUGGAACUGAAGUAUGAGGGCGAAGAAGCACCCAUCACCUUCUACAUCAGUGUCUACAUCUUGAUUGCUGUCGGUGCUUUGAUGAUGUUUGUUGGAUUCCUCGGUUGCUAUGGAGCCAUACAGGAAUCCCAGUGUCUUCUCGGAACAUUCUUUGCCUGUCUGGUCUUUCUGUUUGCCUGUGAGGUGGCUGCUGGAAUCUGGGGAUUCAUGAACAAAGACAAGAUCUCCGAAGAGAUGAUCAAUUUCUAUGACUCUGUGCAUGCCCAAAGCGGUUCAUUUAUAAACAAUGAGCAAAAGCAGGCUGCUCUUACUGUCUUGAAGGUCUUUCAUGAGACUCUUCACUGCUGUGGCAAAGGAUCCAUUUCAUCAGCUGCUGAUAUGUGGUUCACAGACAGCUGUCCUAAAGACUUGACAAUUCCUCAAGGCUGUCACUCCAAGAUCAGAGAGCUUUUCUCUGAGAAGCUCUAUUUGAUUGGCAUUGCUGCUUUGGUUGUUGCUGUUAUCAUGAUCUUCGAGAUGAUCUUCAGCAUGGUGCUUUGCUGUGGCAUCAGGAACAGCCCUGUUUACUGAAACAGAGGGGCAAGAAAAUACCUUUAAAACAUUAGCCAAAAAAAAAUACUGUUUUAUAUCUACCAUCUCCUAUUUUGUUUUGUAUCUACCAUUGUUUCGAAAUGUAGUCAACCUAUCCAGUUCCUGAAGUCUCAGAAUAAUUUGUGUGCAUUUUUGUUCAAAUGUUGCCAUUGAACCACCAACAGCUAGUCUGCUAUUGUUCAUGCUGUAGUUGGUAAAGACCAGUUGAGAUCUGUAGACUUGCACACACACACACACACACACACACACACACACAGAGAGAGAGAGAGAGAUAGGGAGUACAUUAUCACAUGAAGAAUGGAUACAUUUUUUUUGCUUGUAGUUUUUUUGUGUUAACUGUUUAGUUCUGCUAUUGCUAUUGGUUAAUGUCAUUCUUUUCAUAUGUAAAUGUAUAAACUGUAUAUAUUUGCAGCCCUGUAUGACUCUUAAGCAUGAAUCUGAUAUUGAACGCUCGUGUCCAUCUUCCUCUCUGAGACUGCUGUUUGUAUGUUCAGGUUUCUUCCUGAGAAACCACUAAAUAAACAGUGUUAGCUAGGUGAGAGAGAAA